CUCGACGUCGUCCUCCUGGAGACGACGCGCGCGGACGGCGCGCGCGCGAGGAUCGUCUACAGCACGACCGCGGAGGUGGACUGCUACGACCUCGAGAGGCUGUGCGACGACGUCGGCUGGCCGAGACGACCGAUAUCCAAGGUGAAAGCCGCGCUCGAGAACUCGUUCUGCGUGUCCUCGAGCUCGAGCGCUUCCUCCGCCGCGACGACGGACGGCACCCCGCCCGUGGGCCUCCCAGGGGUCAAGUACCCGAGAUCUCUCGCGUACGGCGAACGGAAGCUCAUCGGCGUGGCGAGAGCGACGUCGGACCACGCGUUCAACGCGACCAUCUGGGACGUCGUCGUGGACGGGGAGUAUCAAGGGAAUGGUUUGGGAAAGGCGCUCGUGGAGCAGACGAUACGGACGCUGAUGUCGCGGGACAUCGGGAACAUCACGCUCUUCGCGGACAGCAAGGUGGUGCCGUUUUAUCAGUCGUUGGGAUUUGUGAGCGACCCGGAGGGAAUCAAGGGGAUGUUUCUGUACCCG